GAUUGUAGUUCGCAUUUGGCAAAUAGCGACGCGGUCCCGCUGGCCGGAGCUGAGCGAGCUGAACUACAAGUUCCACUGUGCAUUGGGGCGUGUUGCAGGUGGGUUGGCGAAGCGAGUGAGGUGUGGCUGGAGCGUUCACCUGGAGCUGGAAGCUGUCAGCGGCCGGACGAAGCAAAACUCUGCAACCGACGAGAAAAUCACCACUGGUGGACACCUCCAGGGACUGUACCUCUGCGAAGUGCAAUAACAUCGUGAAUAGAGUGGAGGUCGGCGCUGGGAUUUCUAAUGUGAGAAUCAAUCAUAAUGGAUAUCAGAACACAUUCUCCCAGACAUACACGCAGCAAGUCAGAAGGAACACUGAUUGACCUGGAUGAAAACCCAUCAAAUACUCACGGUUUUUUAAAAGAUAACAACAGUUUGCAAGGAAUCUCUUAUGGACAAGAACCUGAUCUACUGCAAGAAUGGGAUAAACUAAUAUUUGACCCUCCUAACCAUGCUGUUUCUCAGAGCACAAACCCAUUUUGGAAUGGCCUGUCAGGAUCUAACCCAUUUUUGGAUGACAUUACCAAAGAAAGUGAGUGUAAAAUAGUAAACCCAUCGCCUACAUUAAAUGAGAAUCCACUAUUACUGUUUGAAAAUCCAAGGACUGCAGAGUCCAUUGGCUCCUCAGCUGAUGGAUUGGACAAUGACGACCUAAUCUAUAUUGGAAGACCAUUUGCAAAGCAGCAUGGAAGGUGGAAAAGUGCAUCGGAUAUUUUGGAUUUUUCAAACAAAGAAGUUGUUCCUCAAAAUAAUCGUCCGGUGAGCCAAUUUAUGGCUCCAAACUUGGAAUCUUUUCAUAAUGACAGAGAAGCUUACAAAAUGGCAUGGUUGAGCCACAGACAAUUAACUAGAUCGUGCCUUGAUUUAGAUAUAGUGAGUCAAAAUCCUGGAUGGGGGCAGACUCAAGCUAUUGAAACACAUAUCGUCUGUAAGAUGGACCAUAAAGGGGGAUCGCUUCAUCUGCCUGAAUCGGACGUAAGUGUCCAUAUACCUGAAGGUCAUGUUUCACCUGGUGAAAUCCAGGAGGUUGCUAUUAAGUCAUUGAUUGAACCACCUCAGGUGCUUAAUAAUGAUUUCUGUACUACUAUUGGCCCGUUUCUGGAGCUAAAACUGAGCAAUUUCAACUCCAAAGAUUUUAUCUCUUUGGAUAUGAAAGUGACAGCUGAGGUGAAAACUGAUCCUAUGAGUCAAGUUAUGACUGAAACUCUAUGCUUCUGUAGUGAUGCUAAAGAUGGCCCUUUUGAGAAGGUGCGUAAUAUCUAUAUAUACAAAGAUGUUAUGCAAGUAAAACUGGAAAAUCUGAGUCAUUUUAUGUAUAUUGUUCCAGCAAUUGAAGCAAAAGCUAUUCAGCCACCAGCAAUGACCGUAUGGGAUUAUCUGAACAAGUUGAUUACAAUUGGAAUUUAUGGCCCCAAACACAUUCACCCAGUUUUUACCGCUGUUUGUACAAUUUUUUGUCACAAUGAAAUCCCGCAGAGAUUUACAGAUAUGAAGAAAAACAAUAAAAAUUUGCCACCGGUUGUUCUUCAACUUUGGGGAAAGCAUCAAUUUCUUUUAGAGAGGCCACAGGAUCUCCAAUUUUUUAUUGUUCCCACCGACACAAAGUAUGAAGUAGAGGAAAGUGAUCAGAACAAGCAAAUUAACAAAACCUUGUUAACAAUGGGUAGGACAAUUCGACAACAUUUUUCAUUGACUAUGUCUAAAUCUGGGGAAAUUAAUUCAUUUCAACUUGGGAUUCAUGUUAAAGGUGCCAACCAGGAUGUAAUAACACAAUUCAGUGUCCAGACACCCAUGCCAACAGCCAAGUCAAAUGUGAAAAGACGAUAUCAAAAACGCAAGGAAUCGCUAACACCUAUUUCUUCAUAUCAAACAUCAUCUGUCAAGUAUCGCAUAUUUAAGGAGAGAGAGAUCAAUAUUAUCAAGUAUGGAGUGGCACUGAAACCUGUGCUCAGACAACCAAAGAUUGAAUACUUAUUAGAAUAUUUUAAAGGAGACACUAUUGCACUUCUUGGGUUGGACAAAGUCAAAGUAAUAGGUCAAACAAGGACUAAAGAAUGGUAUGUUGGUUUUUUACGUGGAAAGGUUGGUUUGGUGCAUUGCAAAAAUGUGAAGGUGAUUUCUAAGGAGCAAGUCAUGGACUUUUCAGAUGUGAAAGUUACAACCAAGAUGCUGCUUGAUCAAGUUACCAUUCCUAUUAAGAAAUUGACGUACAUGUACUCAUCUGUCCGUGCAAUCGUGACAGAUAAUAUUUCCAAUUGGAAGCCACUUGCUGAAGUGCUUGGAUACAGUGAUCUCCCACUGGAUAAAAUAACCAGAUCUCCAGCUGAGAGUGAAUCGGAAAGAGUUGCAUGUAUACUAGAGACACUAAAAGAAGAUUGCCAUGCUACCAGUAACAAGAUAAAGAGAAAAUUUCUCCAUGAAAUUAUUGUGGGACUGCUAAAGCUAGAUUGCCAAGGAUUAGUGGUUAGAAUUGUUCAGGAUGUUGUUAUGCUCUCAACCGCCGUGGAGCUAAGUGUUCGUUGGAGGGAGCUGGCAGAAAAACUCGCCAAAGUAUCAAAGCAGCAAAUAGAUGCAUACGAAGCGCCUCAUAGAACCAGAAGUGGAGAAAUUGGUCACGAGACUAUGUGGAAACCUGCACAUGACUUUCUUUACACGUGGAGCAUCAAAUUUGGAGAUGGAUACCGGGAUGUACUACAAGAACUGCAAAAUGCACUGGAUAAAAUGAAAAGUCCAAUUACAAGGCAUUGGAGACAUCUAACCGGGGUGCUUAUUUUGGUGAACUGUAUGGACAUAUUAAGGGCCGCUGCAUUUCCAAGAGAUGAAGAGGAGUGAUUUAUUUAUUUAAACCACUUGAAAGUUAAAAAUCUGCUAAUAUCCUGUGUGUGGUGUGGAUGGAGGGGUUGAUGGAAGCAGAGUUUCCACAUAAUACAAAUACUUGUAUGAUAAAUAUAAUGGGUUGAGAUUUAAUUCUUAUGUGGUGAUCUGAUAAUUGAUCAGCAAUUUCAAAACAAAGUAGAUUAAAUUUUCUCAACCAUUUCCAGAUCGAUUCAUACAACAACUUUUAUUAAAGUCCAGCAUUCUAUAUAUGGAUGGGAUUUAGUUUCUAAAACAGGGUGAUUGCAACAAUUCACCUCAAUCAGAUUUGUUUUUGAAAUUUUACUUGAUGUUACUGACAUGUCAGCUUAUGUACAUGUAUUUUGAUUUAUGUACGUAGAUUUCUUGUUGUUUGGUCUUUAAAAAAAAAAAAAUUUACCCCACCAAGUUCUGAACCUGUAGUGAAUUAUUCAGUUCAAACAUUUUUAUGAUAAUGCUCUUGCAUAUUCUCCACUGUAUCAGGAUGCUUUCUACCAAGACACCAAAUAUGCUUGAUGCAAACUCAAACCAGUGAGUAAUAGGCUUGAAGUUGCCUCCACAAAACUUAAAUUAAUAUCAAGUGUAGCUUUGGAGGAAAUUUGGGGAAGAUUGACUUUGUUUAUAAGCUGUUUUCAAUUUCUUGACUUGUAUGUUUGAACAUUUCUAUCUAAAAGGGCUGUCUACCAUUAAGCAAUGCAACUGCCUGCCAUAAGAAACUGACGUUUAAGAGAAUGGCCUUGAUUCUUAUCAAAAUAAUUGUGAGAUGAUGUAUUACUUUCAUGUUCUGUGUUCACCUUUAUUUUAGUUAACUGGACACUAAUUUUCACUAUUUUCUGGAUGUACGUUGGGAUUGAAUCUUAUACUUUUUGUGUUUAAGUACAAUAUUAUGAAAAAAAAACAAAUGCCAGGAAUAUCUCAGUUUCCAACAUGUAAAUAACUAUGGAAGCAAAAAUAAAUUACAAGAACAUUCUGUAGUGUUGGGUAUAGCAGUACUUAACUGGGUUUCAAAAUAAACAAAUUUUCUUGCAAGUACAGUAUUGUAUAACAGUUUUAUAGGGAAAAUUGUAACAUUAACUGCUUAUCAAUAAAAGUGUUCAAGAUGAUA